ACCGGGGAGCAGUGGAGGCGGGUACGUUGGGCUCCCAGGUUGUCCGAGGCCACAUUCUGACAGUCAGAGACAGAGAGCAAGCUCUGCCGCACCCUUUCUCUACCGCGCACAGGUAAACUGCGGCCAAACGACCAAAGUCACUCGAAAGUCACAUUUGGAUUGUAAUUUUUGGCCAAAUUUAUGGAUUAAACAAAAACUAAACUCGUGUCUGGAAGCGGAUAUGAAGGGAUAGGCGCUAAGCGAUACCUCUCCUGUCCAUUUUGAUGUGCCUCCAGCGAUACCUCUCCUUUCCAUUUUGAUGUGCCUCCAGCGAUACCUCUCCUGUCCAUUUUGAUGUGCCUCCAGCGAUACCUCUCCUGUCCAUUUUGAUGUGCCUCCAGCGACACCUCUCCUGUCCAUUUUGAUGUGCCUCCAGCGACACCUCUCCUUUCCAUUCUACAGACCAAAGAGAAGGGUCAACGUCUCAGCCCACACACGAUUGGAGGAGAUAGACGUCAAUCAAACUGGACACCGUCCAUUCCCUCCCACCCCUCAUGGCGAGACCACCCCCAACCCACCAAUAGGGCAAGUCCCAUCCACUCGAACCCCCGCCACCACUCAUCUGUCCGGACAAUCCAAUUGGUCCCCCUCACUCCACUUAACUCCUGCCCACUCUACGCUCCACCCCAUCCACCCCAUCUGAUUGGUCAAGAUGGACAAGUUGACAGACGAUGUCCCCGGGUGCUACUACAACCGUACAGUGCAGUUCUUCUACGAACAAAGUGGCAAGAACAUCAGCGCCCACUGGCGUCCUCGGGACUACGUGGUGGUGAGCCUGGGCAUGGGUGUGUCUGUCAUCGUCAUCCUGGCCAACAUCCUGGUCAUGGUGGCCAUCUUCAUCAACCGACGAUUCCACUUCCCUAUCUACUAUCUGCUAGGCAACCUGGCGGCAGCAGACCUGUUCUCAGGUAUUGCCUACCUGCACCUGAUGUUCCACACUGGGCCCUGGACCAUCAAGCUGUCCAAGAACCAGUGGUUUGUACGCCAGACCCUGAUCGACUCCAGUCUGACAGCAUCGGUGUUGAACCUCCUGGCCAUCGCCUUGGAGCGUCACCAGACCAUCUUCACCAUGCAGCUCCACAGUAAGAUGACCAACCGCCGCGUGGUGCUGCUCAUCGCCCUUAUCUGGGGCCUAGCCAUCUUCAUGGGCCUGGUUCCCACCAUGGGCUGGCACUGUCUGUGUGACCUGGAAAACUGCUCCACCAUGGCCCCCAUGUACAAACGCUCCUACCUGGUGUUCUGGGCUGUGCUCAACCUGUUCACCUUCUCUCUCAUGGUGGCUGCCUACACCAGGAUCUUUGUGUACGUCAGACACAAGAGCCAGAGGAUGUCUCAGCACACCAGCCAGAUACGACACAAGGAGACUGUAUUCAACCUGAUGAAGACGGUUUCUAUGAUCCUGGGUUGUUUUGUGAUCUGCUGGACCCCGGGCCUGGUGUUGUUGAUGUUGGAUGGUCUGGGCUGUGAAUCUUGCCAGGUGCUGCGUUAUGAGAAGUACUGUCUGGUCCUGGCUGAGUGUAACUCCCUGGUCAACCCCAUCAUCUACAGCUUCAGAGACACGGACAUGUUACAGACCUUCAAGCGGAUCCUCUGCUGCCUGUGUCGCCGCGGCGACGCCGGCCGCAAAGACACGCUGUCCGGCAUGCGCUGCAACACCCUGGAGCAAGAGAGAGAGAGAGACGUUCUACAACGCCAAGACUUGAAUGAGUCCGGUUGAGUAAGACCAGCCCCCCGCGGUGAAUGUUUUGGUCUUCAUCUGGGUCCAUACUGGACUCUGAUAAUGCAACUGUUUUCCAUACAGACUUUCUAUAUAGUGACAAUGUCUCUAGAACGUUGUUGGAACAUUGUUGGAACGUUGUAGGAAGGCUGUCUGCCUGGUGGGAUGUGAACCAGAUGUUAAAGUGGUUCAAAGGGGUCUGACUAGUUGUCAUGUUUCCUGUGACCUGUAGCUAUGGCAUGUUCACACACACACACACACACACACACACACACCACCCACACACACACCACACACACACCACCCACACACAAACAAACACACGGCUGACUCAUCACUGUGUCGUUGCUCUCUGUGUGGAGACACAGGAGUGUGUGUGUGUUUACAGUACCCCACACAAACACCAGUUAAACGUCUACACAUCCUGUCAGUGAUGUCACUAAUGGAGAACGAACACAAUUACAGGCAGGGGGGGGGAAACAUUUCAGUGUCUCACGCAAUUCUGCACUAACUCUGGUGUGACAGUGAAAUAUGUUCCCCUCGUACUUACCCUACCCCACCCAUGACACGGACUGUCAUUUUGUUUUACACACACACACACACACACACACACACACACACACACACACAGUAAAGUGUGAUAUACAUUAGCGCCCCCCAGUGGUCAAGUGAAAUCAAGUCGUCCUCUUCUACACUCCUGGGGCCACGUCCCAAUUGUCUCUUCUUCCUCCCAAAGUGUGCACUCGUUCACUUCCCUUCACUGAUUUGAAAGGAAAUGACUGGUUUAAGAAAUAAUGGUGGGAACUCCCUCCAGCCCUCCACCAAUCCAAUGCUGUCAGAUGUAUGGUGGGAACUCCCUCCAGCCCUCCACCAAUCCAAUGCUGUCAGAUGUAUGGUGGGAACUCCCUCCAGCCCUCCACCAACCCAAUGCUAUCAGAUGUAUGGUGGGAACUCCCUCCAGCCCUCCACCAAUCCAAUGCUGUCAGAUGUAUGGUGGGAACUCCCUCCAGCCCUCCACCAACCCAAUGCUAUCAGAUGUAUGGUGGGAACUCCCUCCAGCCCUCCACCAACCCAAUGCUGUCAGAUGUAUGGUGGGAACUCCCUCCAGCCCUCCACCAACCCAAUGCUGUCAGAUGUAUGGUGGGAACUCCCUCCAGCCCUCCACCAACCCAAUGCUGUCAGAUGUAUGGUGGGAACUCCCUCCAGCCCUCCACCAAUCCAAUGCUGUCAGAUGUAUGGUGGGAACUCCCUCCAGCCCUCCACCAACCCAAUGCUGUCAGAUGUAUGGUGGGAACUCCCUCCAGCCCUCCACCAAUCCAAUGCUGUCAGAUGUAUGGUGGGAACUCCCUCCAGCCCUCCACCAACCCAAUGCUAUCAGAUGUAUGGUGGGAACUCCCUCCAGCCCUCCACCAACCCAAUGCUGUCAGAUGUAUGGUGGGAACUCCCUCCAGCCCUCCACCAACCCAAUGCUAUCAGAUGUAUGGUGGGAACUCCCUCCAGCCCUCCACCAACCCAAUGCUGUCAGAUGUGUGGAAUGUCAUGAACGAGUGCAUCCUUCAGGAGAAAGGAGAGAUCAUUGGGACGUACCCCAACUCUCUCCCUCUCUGACUGUCUGUCCAUCUGUCUCUCUGACUGUAGUGAACGGGUGCACCCUUAAGGAGAGACCAUUGGGACGUACCCCAACUCUCACCCUUACUGGCUGAAAUCAUCUCUGAAAAGGGAAAAUGUUUAUAA